GGGGCAGGCUGAAGAGCAGCGUUAGCUGGCGGAGUGAGUCCUGCCGGGAGCUCGAUGAGAAGACAGACAGGUUUUGGAGGACAGGCACGGUGCUACAGAGACGCAAAUCUCUGUAUAUCUGGAAAUAAUACGUCCCUGGACUGGAAGCCUGGGCCUGCGGCUGUUCUGUGUCCUUUCAGCACACACUAAUCCUAAAGGGAGGUGCUCAUGUCACUCAAGACUCACUGGCCAAUCAGGACUUUCAAGCGGAUCUGCCAGCUCAAACGCUGUUUCUUCCGGGUGGUGUCCUGCAGGUUAGGCUUGAGAGCUGACCUGUCUUGAAUGGGUCCGUGUGCUGUGUUCUGAUCGUUGCUGCUGGGUGCUGUGAGGGACGCUCAAGCAAGUUCCAAAGUCCCGACAUGAACACAGUGACCUACCAUGAUGUGCUUGUGAACUUCACCCAAGAAGAGUGGGCUUUGCUGGAUUCUUCCCAGAAGAAACUUUACAAAGAUGUGAUGGAAGAGACCUACAGAAACCUCACUGCUAUAGGUUACAAUUGGGAAGACCAUAAUAUUGAAGAACAUUGUCAAAGUUCUCGAAGACAUGGAAGGCAUAAGAGAAGUCAUACUGGAGAGAAAACUGCUGAAUAUAAUCUGUGUGGUAAAGCCUUUGCAUAUCACAGUCAUCCUCUAAGGCAUGAAAGAAUUCAUUCUGGAGAGAAACCCUUUGAAGGUACUCAAUAUGGUGAAGCCUUUGCAUAUCACGGUAGUCUCCAAAUUCAUGAAAAUACACAUAUAGGAGAGAAAUGUUAUGAAUGUAAGCAAUGUGGUAAAGUCUUUGCAUACCACAGUUCUCUUCGAAGGCAUGAAAGAAUUCAUACAGGAGAGAAACCUUAUGAAUGUAAUCAAUGUGGUAAAGCCUUUACACGUCAUAGUCAUCUUCAAAGGCAUGAAAGAUCAAAAUCACAUCGAAAUCAUCUUCAAAUAUGUAAUAGAACACAUACUGGAGAGAAACCAUAUGAAUGUAACCAAUGUGGUAAAGUCUUUGCAAGUCGCAGCCAUCUCCGAAGUCAUGAAAGAACACAUACUGGAGAGAAACCUUAUGAAUGUAAUCAAUGUGGUAAAGCCUUUGCACAGCACAGUCAUCUUCAAAGGCACGAAAGAUCGAAAUCACACCAAAAUCAUCUUGAAGUACAUAAUAGAACACAUACUGGAGAGAAAACCUAUGAAUGUAAUCAAUGUGAUAAAGUCUUUACACGUAACAGUACUCUCUUAAUGCAUAGAAGAAUACAUACUGGAGAGAGACCCUAUGAAUGUAAUGAGUGUAAUAAAGCCUUUGCAUAUAAUAAGAGUCUCCAAAUACAUAAAAGAACACAUACUGGGGAGAAACCCUAUGAAUGUAACCAAUGUGGUAAAGCCUUUGCAUGUCACAAUAGUCUCCAAAUACAUAAAAGAACACAUACUGGAGAGAAACCUUAUGAAUGUAAUCAAUGUGGUAAAGCCUUUGCAUGUCACAGUAGUCUCCGAAUACAUAAAAGAACACAUACUGGGGAGAAACCCUAUGAAUGUAACCAAUGUGGUAAAGAAUUUGCUUGUAAGAAUCAUCUUCUAAUACAUAAAAGAACACAUACUGGAGAGAAACCCUAUGAGUGUAAUCAUUGUGGUAAAGCCUUUGCAUGUCAGAAUACUCUUCAAAUACAUGAAAGAACACAUACUGGAGAGAAACCUUAUGAAUGUAACUAUUGUGGUAAAGCCUUUGCGUGUCCCAGUAGUCUCCGAAUACAUAAAAGAACACAUACCAGAGAGAAACACAAUGAAUGUAACCAAUGUGGUAAAGCCUUUGCAUGUAACAGUUAUCUCCUAAUACAUAAAACAACACACACUGGAGAGAAACCAUAUGAGUGUAACCAAUGUGGUAAAGCCUUUUCAUGUCCCAGUCAUCUCCGAAUGCAUAAAAGAACACAUACUAGAAAGAAACACCAUGUAUGUAACCAAUGUGGUAAAGCAUUUUCACAACACAGUCAUCUCCUAAGUCAUAAAAGGACACAUACUGGAGAGAAACCCUAUGAAUGUAACCAAUGUGGUAAAGCCUUUUCACAACAAAGUCAUCUCCAAAGUCAUAAAAGUACUCAUACAGGAGAGAAACCUUAUGAAUGUAAGCAGUGUGGUAAAGCCUUUGCACAGCGCAGUCAUCUUAAAAGGCAUGAAAGAAUUCAUACAGGGGAAAAAUGCUAUGAAUGUAACCAAUGUGGUAAAUACUUUUCACAACACAGCAAUCUCCGGGUACAUAAAAGAACACACACUGGAGAGAAACUCUGUGAUAGUAUUCAAUAUGUUAAAUCCUUUGCACAUUACAGUCGUCUUGAGGACAUGAAAGAACUCAUACUGAAGGGAGUCUGACUAGGAUGUGGUAAGAUCUUUAGCCAACACACUUACAUUCAGUUAUACAAGAGCAUUUAUUCUGGGGAAAAUACCUGACAAGUGUCAACAAUCUGUUCAAGCCUGAUGAUGUCCCUCCUCAUUUUGCUUGUCCUGACAUCCUAACGUGGACAA